AUGGCGCUGGAAACGCUUUCAACAUUUUCGCAUGCCCCCUAUGCGGCGGGCGUUUUCUUCGUUGCCUUGUCUUAUUUCAUCAUUUACCCUCUCGUCGUGUACUUUAAGGACUCAAAGGGUAUGCGCAAGUUCGAAAACUUCAGCACAUUUUCCGGCGCUUCCAACAUUCCCUUCAUGAUUCUGGCCCGCACCGGCGCCCGAUCAACACAUCUCGUCGAACUUCACAAAGAGAAGGGUCCCAUUCUCCGCACUGGUCCCAACGCCCUCUCCUUCAGCGACGUCCGCGCUAUCAAGGACAUCUACGGUCACGGAACCCCUUGCAUCAAGGAUGAGUCCUACGACUUGACUGCCGGCUCUCACUUCCACCUCGCCGAUGUCAUUGACAAGCACGACCACGCAAGGAAGCGCAAGGUCCUUUCUUCGGCCUAUGCUUUGAAGAACCUCGAGGGAUGGGAGCACAAAGUUGCCGAUAAAGUCGAAAGACUCUUCAAGCAACUUGACGAGCGCUGCACCGGUCCUCUCCCUAAGGGCCAGAUGUUCCCUGCUCCAGAGGACCUGACAGUCGACUACCGCAAGUGGACCAACUUCUUCACUCUUGAUGCUAUCGCCGAUAUUGGUGCUUCAGAACGCCUGGGCCUUCUUGACCGGGGCCACGACAGAGUUCUUGCCCAGCACAAGGAUGGAAGCACAUGGGAGGUUGGCCUGCGCGACUCUCUCUACCCCACUGCCCGCAAGCAAUCCCUGCUCCUCUGGUCCUACGAGAACUACAAGCUCAUCGACAAGCUCUCCAACAUCAUCCCCUACUACCGCAAGAUGACCGAAGCCUCCAAGGGCUGGGACGGCAUCGUGCUCCAAAUCUCCUCAAACCGACUCAAGCGCUACAACGCCGGCGAGAAGCUCGAUGACUUCUUCCAGGCCCUCAUGGAGAGCAAGAAUGGCGAGCCCAACAACCUUGAGUGGGGUGAAAUCGUCGCCGAGAUCAACAUCAUGAUGAACGCCGGCAGCGUCACCACCGCCAUCGCCGUCACCAACGUCCUCUACCAGCUCCUCAAGAACCCCAAAUACCUGCAGCGCCUCCGCGAAGAAGUCGACAGUGUACUUGAUACCGACGAAGUCAUCGCCCCUUACGACAAGGUCAAGCACCUUCCCUACCUCCGUGCCUGCCUCGAUGAAUCCCUCCGCCUGUUCCCCCCAACGCCUCAAGGCCUGAUGCGCAAGACCCCUCCCGAGGGUAUGUACAUCAUGGGCGAGUGGGUGCCUGGCAACACUACCGUCAGUAUGUCCGGUGUCGUCGCCCACCGUGAUGAGACCAUUUUCCCUGAUGCGCACAAGUACGACCCUGACAGGUGGCUUGGAGAGAAGGGCAAGGAGCUUCAGCCCUACUUCCUCGCCUUCUCCGCUGGCGCGAGAGGAUGCAUCGGUCGCAACAUUUCAUACCUGGAGCAAGCCGUAUUGUUGGCUUCAGUAGUCCACAGAUACGAGUUCGCGUUGCCGAGGGACUUUGAGCUUCAGCGCGAGGAGACGAUGAACUGGCUUUUGGGUGAGAUGCCUGUCAAGAUCUGGAGGCGGCAGUUGGAGAGCGAGGCAAACUAG